CCUCUACAGUUUUGAACUAGUUAUUUGUAUAAUAACCGUUGAAGAUUUCCGAGUUUUCGCAGAGAGAUUGUGAGUGUUUCAAAGGGGGGAGGGGCGAUCUCUUCGUAGUAACUCUACUUCCUCGUCAAAGAUGAGUGAUUUUCAAUGUUCUCCGACUACUUUGAAUGCUGAUCAGUUCACCUUACUUAUGUCGAAAUUAAAUGAGAUAUCCAAUGAUAUUGCCGUUAUAAAGACCACCCAACUAACACUUCAGUCGGAUCUUACUGAAUGUAAGUCCAUCUUGGAGAAGCACUCAUCUGAGUUACUUCGUCUAGACAAAACAUUAACUAGGCACUCACAUUCCAUCAGUCAGCAUGAUUUGGAUAUCGCUUCUUGUUCGUCCAGGAUCGACCGCUUGACAGACAGUCAGAACUCACUCAAAGUUGUGGUGGAUUCUGCGAGUCACAGAUUGUCGAAGGUUGAGUCCUUGCAGCAGGGGAUUCUAACUAACAACCGGACCACCCCUAGUCUACAACCAUCUGAAUUACUUGACCGUCUGCGGAGAUCACAUAAUAUCCUUAUCCGUGGGGUUCCUGAGACUGGCGCUGAGGAAGACCUGUCUUCAGUUUCAAGUAUACUCGAUUGUGUGUUGCCAGAUGCUAAUAAUCAGUGCGUUUCAGUUGCGAGGAUCGGUAAAUCUUCUACUGAUCGUCCAAGAAUUCUCAAGGUUUCCUUUUCUAACUCAGUGAUUGUUAACAAAAUUCUUAGGAAUAAAGCACUGAUAAAAAGUGUACCAGAUUAUCAUAGAAUCAUCAUUUCGGAUGACAAAACGCCUCUGCAGGUUAAAGAGCUCGACAGCUUGCGCGAAGAGCUCAGACGCAGAAGAGGUGCAGGAGAGUCUGGCAUUGACAUCAAAUAUAUUUCUGGCACUCCUACCAUUACCAAAACAGAUCAUACUGCGCGGUCAAAAAAUUAGAUGAAACAUGCGAGUGGUCAAUCGUUUAUACAAAUGCUCAGUCUUUAUCCUCAAAAUAUCUCGAGCUUCUGGCUUUUGUUGCAUCCUAUCGCCCCACUUUUGUACUUGUGGCUGAAUCUUGGCUCCGUCCCGACAUUCCGGAUGACUUGGUCACUUUGCCAGGCUACUCUAUUUACAGAAGUGACAGCAUAACAACUGUGGGCUACGGUG